UAGCGGGGUCCUCGCAAACGGCGACGUGCACCGACGCCCCGCGGCGCCGCAGCCAGAAGAGCUCGGAUUCCGGAGGCACGGCGAGCCCGCCCUGCCUGUGGUGCAAGAGCACGGCGGCUUUUUUCAGUGGUUUUUUCCUUUUUUUUUUUUUUUUCUUUUUUUUUUCCUUCCUCCUCUCCUCCCUUUUCGGCUCCAUAGUCCUGCUCAAGACGGAGCCCUUCGCGCCUGGUAUAAAAUAGCUGAAAACCUAAUAAAGCGACCACGCAGCAGCGGCCGUACCCGGCACGGCUCCCUCCGCGGAUCGGCGGGAGGAGCCGGCGGCGCGGAGCGGGCAGCGCCGGCCCCGCUCCCGCAGGACGAGGCGCCCUUGGACGCGGCCCCGGCGCCAGCCGCGGCUCGCCGGCCCCGAAGACUGGCGUGCCCCGCGUUUGCCGGCUGCCCUUGGGGAAGGCACAGCAAACUGCCUCUUCGGUGAUGGACGGCUUGUGCUAAGGAGCUUGCGAUUUUUAGAUCCUCAGCUUGGUGGCUUUUUCUCACCGGCGUGCCCUGAAAUUCAGUUUUUAAACUUUCAAUGCUGAGCGAUAAUCCUGGCCCAGUAACUGGAAAACUUGACAUCAGUUUCCAUCUGCUGGGUAAAGAAAGCCCAGUGCUACGUUCAGCCUAUUAAGUUAUUUGCCAGCGUAAGGAUUGUACAAACCUGUUUGCCGCUUCUGGAGAAUAGCCACUGGAAAGCUGCCCCGCCGUAGCCGCUGACGCUAUGGAAGACCGCAUCCGCUGGCCUAGUCUGUAGGAUGGUAGCACACAGCAAGGUGUCAGCAGAUAACGCAGUUGCAGCAGACCCGAGACGUCUACUUGACCCUCCAGCACGGGAUCGUUCACAGGCUCGAGUCUACCACGGCCCCGGCCGGCCCAGCACUGUGCAGGCGCAGAGCAACACGCACUUCCGAACCUUCCGCUCGCAGGCAGAUUUCAGCAGCAUCACGCGGGCGAGCAGCCUGCUGGACGCCUGCGGCUUCUACUGGGGACCGCUGACUGUCAGCGCCGCCCACGAGAAGCUGAAGUCGGAGCCCGAGGGCACCUUCCUCAUCAGGGACAGCACACAGAAGAACUGCUUCUUUGCCAUCAGUGUUAAGACUGCAACCGGGCCCACCAGCAUCCGAAUAAACUUUCAGACUGGGCGUUUCAGCCUGGAUGGCAGCAAGGAGAGUUUCGACUGUCUUUUUAAGCUGCUGGAACAUUACAUAAGCUCCCCCAGGAAGGUACUGGUUACCCCCCUGCGCAAAGUCCGUGUGCAGCCCUUGCAGGAACUCUGCCGGAAGAGCAUCGUGAAAACUUUUGGAAGGGAAAAUUUAAGCCAGAUCCCUCUCAAUCCAGUUUUAAAGGACUAUCUGAAAUCCUUCCCAUUUCAGAUAUAAAUACAGCAUUAACUGUACAUGGGUGUGCGAGCAUGAGAUGUGUAAAGAAAUCCAGCUUCCUGGGUUUUUAACCAUGUUUGACAGUGAGCAAACUUAUUUUUGUAGCAACUUACUGUAUUUUGGGAUGGAACUUGAACACUUGACUUAUGUUUACAAAAACUGUUUGCACAAACCUGGGGUUUUAAAGCCCUGGCAUCAUUUUUCUGCUAAGCAGAAUAUUUUAUUAUUUUAUAAUAUUUUUAAUGAUAUUAACAUAAUAAACUUUAUUGUGAAAGUUUUUAAAAAA